AUCAACUAUGUAUUUCUUGUCAAGGUUGUCCUAAUCCAAGGUUUCUCAAAGCUAGUUAUUUAAUCAGAAAAAAAGAAUAAAAAUUAUGGAAAAAAGGAAAAAAUAAUUAGAGCCAAUGAAAAAAGAAAAAAGGAAAAAAAAUUAUAGAAAAUGACAGCAUGUAUUUUUGAAGAAUCCAAACAACAGUGUUAAGGCGAUGCUUUUUUAAGUAUUUUUCCUUCAAAUAUCAUUAAUUUAUAAUUUUGUUUAAAAAAUUAGGAUGGUACCAAUCUCUGAGUAUUUAUAAAUAACGUAGGUAAUAGAAGAAGAAAUCGCAGGUAGCUCGCUUGGUUAAUUAAUUAGAGAGAUGGUAGCUGCUUAUGGCGAUGGAAACUCUGCAGACCAGUCUUUCUUCAAGACGCCUACCAUCAAGUUUACGAAGUUAUUCAUUAAUGGAGAAUUUGUUGACUCCAUCUCCGGGAAAACGUUUGAGACUAUAGACCCAACAAAUGGAGAGGUGAUUGCCAGAGUUGCAGAGGGAGACAAGGAAGACAUCGAUUUAGCUGUGAAGGCUGCACGAGAUGCCUUCGACAAUGGCCCAUGGCCUCGCAUGUCUGGUGCUGCGAGAGGAAGGAUUCUGCUGAAAUUUGCAGACUUAAUUGAAGAAAACAUAGAGGAAUUAGCAGCAAUUGAUGCGAUGGACGCCGGAAAAUUGUUUAACUGGGGUAAAGCUGUGGAUAUUCCUCAUGUAGCAAGUCUUCUUCGUUACUAUGCAGGUGCAGCAGAUAAAAUCCAUGGAGAUGUGUUAAAGAUGUCGAUGGAGUUCCAUGGCUACACCUUGCUUGAACCCAUUGGUGUUGUAGGCCAUAUAAUCCCAUGGAACUUCCCUAGCACCAUAUUCUUCAUGAAGGUCGCACCUGCCUUAGCCGCUGGUUGUACCAUGGUUGUCAAGCCAGCAGAGCAAACUCCUCUUUCAGCUCUUUAUUAUGCCCAUCUCUCAAAGCUAGCUGGGAUUCCUGCUGGAGUGAUCAAUGUAGUAAAUGGAUAUGGUCCGACAGCUGGUGCUGCUAUUUCCUCUCAUAUGGAUAUUGACAAGGUUAGUUUUACUGGAUCCACAGAAGUUGGACAAAAAAUAAUGCAGGCCGCUGCGAUAAGUAAUUUGAAACAGGUUUCCCUUGAACUAGGAGGCAAGUCACCUCUCUUAAUCUUUGAUGAUGCUGAUGUGGAUAAGGCAGCUGAUCUUGCACUUCUUGGCAUAACGCACAAUAAGGGAGAAAUUUGUGUGGCAAGUUCACGGGUUUAUGUUCAGGAAGGAAUUUAUGAUGAACUCGUAAAGAAAUUGGUGGAGAAGGCAAAAACUUGGGUAGUUGGGAAUCCUUUUGAUCCUAAAUCUCAAUUAGGUCCACAGGUUGAUAAGCAGCAAUUUGAAAAAAUUCUUUCUUACAUUGAACAUGGGAAAAGAGAAGGAGCCACCUUGUUGACAGGUGGUAAGGCUUUGGGGAACAAAGGGUAUUUUCUGCAGCCCACCAUUUUCACCGAGGUUAAGGAGGAUAUGCUAAUAGCAAAGGAUGAAAUUUUUGGACCUGUGAUGUCAUUAAUGAAGUUCAAGACUGUAGAAGAUGGAAUUAAAAGAGCAAACAACACAAGAUAUGGGUUGGCAGCUGGUAUUGUAACAAAGAACUUGGAUGUGGCCAACACAGUUUCAAGAUCAAUCCGGGCCGGCAUUAUUUGGAUCAAUUGUUACUUUGCUUUUGAUAACGAUUGUCCUUAUGGAGGCUAUAAGAUGAGUGGAUACGGGAGAGAUUUUGGAUUAGAAGCCUUACAUAAGUUUCUUCAGACCAAGUCCGUUGUAACCCCCCUUUAUAAUUCUCCUUGGCUAUAAUGAGCUAAAACGGUGUAACGGGGUCGUUCUCUUUCAUGGGAUCAUAAACCAUAAUUGCAGAAUUUUAAUAAAAAGCCUUCUUUUGAGCUUUCCAUUGUAGGCCAUGGAAUAUUCUUGACAUUGCUCCGGCUCAAAAAAGGCCAUGAGGCGAAAGUGAUGGGCAAGGCAUCUCAUUAUGUAUUUUAUAUAUUAUUGAGUUUUGUAAUUAUCGCACUUGUUUUAUUUUAUUAGUAAUAAAACAUAAAUUUCAAUUAAAA